AUGGAUUCAACAUUUUCUGUGUCUAAGGGAUGUUUUGUGUUUAAAAAACCAAACAAGGAAAAGAACAAUAAAAGAAAAAGUAAAAGUAAAAAACAACUGACAACCAAUCAACCAGAAACUGAAUUAUGGCAUACUACAUACAUUGAUAUUUGGAAUAAUGUUAAAUCUAAAAUUGAUGAUUUGAAUGGAUCAAUAUACUCUAAGUUUAUUUCAGACACAGUAGAUUUUAUGACAACAUCAAACAUUACUACAAAUCAAAGUAUUCCAACAGCAUGUUUACUUACAGGAGUCAAUUUACCAGAUCACGAAUCACUAUUUGGAUUACUAGCAACCAAUUUAGAACAAUCUCAGCCGCCUGUUAUUGUUGCAACAUUAUUUUCUGAGCACUUUUCUAGUGUUAAAAAUGCAGUUAUAAGUAUGGUGUCACAAUUAUUAAAUUCAAAUGAUGAUGAAUCCGAUUCUGAUGAAGAAAUGGAUGAAAGCUUAAAUAGUGUGGUUAAACGAUCUGAAUGUACUAUAUCUACUUUAAUUGAAUGGUAUAGUCAGCAACCAAAUGGAACUCGUAUUGCAGUUCUUGUAAAAGAUUAUGAAAUGUGUCAACAAACAGUCUUGCAAAAUUUCAUCUUACUUUUAAGUUAUUAUAUUAAAGAAAUUCCAAUUGUAAUGGCUAUUGGUAUUGCUACUUCUAUAUCAAACUUACACAAUUCUCUUCCUCAUCAUGUGGUCACCAAACUUAAAGUGAAAAUGUUUGUUAGUGAAGCAUCUAUGGUAUUUUUAAACAAUAUUAUAGAUCAGGUAUUUUUAAAGCCAGACUGUUCAUUCUAUUUGGGUGGACGUAUUUUGGAAUAUAUGACUGAAGUAUUUUUAUACUAUAAUUUUUCUAUUAAACAGUUUAUAGAAAGUCUUAAGUUUUGCCUCUUUGAACAUUUUUACUGUAAGCCUCUUAAUUGCAUAUGUAUUGCUCAUGAAUCAGCACAAGAAGCUCUAUUCGAUUCCUUAGAUAAAAACGCACUAGAAGAAAUCACAAAGCUGCGUUCAGUCGAUUAUAAAUUAAAAAUUGACAGCAAUUUUAAAGAAACUUUUCUUCAGUUAAUUAGAGAUUUAAAAGCUUGUAUCAAUGAUUUUCAUAUUGGAUUAAGAGUAUUACAUAUUUUAGUGGCAGAUUUACCACAUUCACCAUUAGGCACUCAACUCAGAGAAAUGUAUUGUACUGCAAUGAAAAAACACAUAAUUGACAAUACAUCUUACAAAACUUGUCUACAAUUAUUAAAAUUUUUGUCCAAAGAUGAUAUACUUGCGAAAUUUGACAAGAUAAUUCAUGUUUUCAAGAAUGUAAAAAAUAAUCAACGAACAGCAAUUGCUUUAAAAUUAGUUCAAAGUUAUGUGAAACGUUUAAAAGAGUCUCAUUUAAAUAAUUUAGUUAUUGAAAACCAUAAACCUAAAGAUAAACCCAAAGAAAAUUUUCAAGCUACAUCAAGAUCACAGUUUAAAAAAAUACUUAUGGACAAUAUUAAACAUGAAGAUAGUCGGCCAAUGACUGAGUUUGAAAAAGCACGUUCAGAAAGUUUGGAUCAUUUUACGGAUAUAAUAUUACGUCAAUUCCUUGUACCUCCAACAACCAUGCCUUUAAAUGAAUUGUUGAUAUUUGAUGAUUUACCAUCAAUUAAACGUAAAAUUGUUGGAGAAGACAGAGCUGCUCAAUAUAUAGCAUUUGUUAACCCUCAACACUAUUUAUCCUGUGAUUGUUGUGAAUUGGAAUUUACAGAACAAAUAUUUAAAACUAUGCCAGAUAUAUCUAUUGUGUAUAAAUUACAUUUAGAGUCAAGGUUUGACCAGAUUAACAUUUAUGAUUGGUUACAGAAAUUUAUUUCAAUUGUAGGUCCAGGACAAAAUGACAAUGAUAAUGAUGACGAUAUAGAUCCAGUAUUACAAUCUCGAUUUGUGCGAGCUGUAAAUGAAUUGCAGCAUUUGGGGUACAUACGACCGUCGAAGUACAAAACAGAUCAUGUGCAGCGCCUUACAUGUGGAUCUUGCUAAUGAGUAAUGAUUAAUUUUAAUUAUUUAUUUAUCACUGGAUUUUAAUUUCUACUUAUUUUUCUCACUUUUUACCCAAAGAAAUAAAAAUAAUUAUUUUCCUUAUUUGCAUUUAAUAUUAUUUUUUUUUU